AUGUCCGCCUCAGCUGCUAAAGGAAGGGUGGAGCAGCUCGGUGCUCAUCUCACCGGCGGACCACUGCUCAAGGGUGAGGUGGCCAUCAUCACCGGGUGAGUGGGCGGGCAUAUGUGCAAGAACGCGUCAGAGGUUUGUCAUGGCUUUCACAGCAGUCUUGAGUGGUUGGAGUGAGAUCGCUGGACAGGGUGGAUUGGCCAGCCUGGUAGGGCAACGCAGGCGAACAGAGCGCAUGCGAACAGAGCGCACGCGAAACAAGGACGGCAAAGGAGGCAAAGUGGGCGCAUACAUGCAGGUUCAUGGUCUCUCCCCCGUCAUCCCGAGGCAUGCCACAGCUCAUCCGACCUUGCCAUGUCACAUCUCUGCCAGAGCUGGGCGCGGUAUUGGCAAGACUACCGCUCUGACCUUUGCAGCGCACGGUGCUUCCAUCGUUGUGAGUCGAUCUGGCACGUGCUGCCGAGGCAGGUCCCCACAUCAUCGCCGUUUCUCACACGCUGCCUCUCGCGCGUCUCCUUCGUGCCGCACAGGUGUUCGACAUUGACGCAUCCGUAGCAGAAGGCGUAGUGGGCGAGAUUCGGGCCAAUGGCGGAUCUGCAGAAGCGUUCGCGGGGAGGGACAUCACCUCGGCCGCAGUGCCGGACGAGUUGGUAGCUUUCGCAAUCUCCAAGUACGGCAAGAUCAACCACAUCAUCAACGGAGCAGGUUUCACCAUUCAAGCUCCGCUCAAAGAUCUCUCCGACUCGGCAUGGGAAUCCGUCAUGGCUGUUCACUCCACCGCUCCCUUUCGACUCACCCGCGCUGCCCUGCCCCACAUGCUGGACAAAAAGUAUGCGGGUGAGAAUAGGAGCAUCACCAACAUCUCCUCCAUGGCGGGCAUCCAAGGUUUGGCGUACGGCGCCAACUACAGCGCGGGCAAAGCGGCUCUUAUAGGCUUGACGAAAUCCAGCGCGCGCGAGUUGGGCAGGCACGGCAUACGGGUGAAUGCGGUGGCGUACGGUUUCGUGCAGACGCGCUUGAUUGGCGAUUCGGACAAGGAUGGCGAGACGCACAGGUUGCCGGAUGGAAGCAUUAUUCCCGUAGGUGUGCCGACCGAAAGAGCUUUUGCCAAAGCGCUGCUGCACGGCAAUGUGCUCAAGAGACCAGGCACGACGCAAGAGGCUGCCGGUCCGCUGCUCUUCCUCGCCAGUCCACUCGCUUCCUACAUUACGGGCCAGGUUUUGCAGGUGAGUUUGCCCACGAGGCGAGUGGUGGGGAGAGGGGUGCAAAAUCAGCCAGUCGAUGAUGGCAAGAUUGAUUCGAAUGGAAGCGCUCUUCUCGACACAGAUUUCGGGAGACAUUUAG